GAGACAAAUACACUGCAGGCUGGCAUCAUUUGUGUGCUUUGAUUCUCUUUCCCAUUCCACCAGUGUACGUUGCAAUCAGCAAUAAGUAUUAUUACUAAUAACAUUAUAUGAUAAGAACAUGCAAGUCAUGGAAGUUCCAAAAGUAGAAUAAUCCCGUUUUCAAGAAUCUGUUGUGUUGUCUUCAACAUCGAACUGAACAUUGUAGGUUAAGCGCUUACAACAUAAGUAACUGUUAAUGUACAAUGGUUGUAACUUGUUACUCUCUGUUUCCUUCCUUACGACACAUUCCUGAAAGUGAAAUAAGAACUACUACUAACUGUUGUAAUCACGUUGAUGCAAUGGCAAUGUAUACUUUGAAGUAGCACUGAUUCUGUUACAACUUAAAUUUUUUAGUAAAUUAACAUUAAUUAACACAGUUACAUUUGAAAAAAAAUAUAUAACGUUGAUAGGAAGAUAAAUGAAUUUUCAUGACACCUUGUAUUAAACUGUAGAUGAUGGUGGAAUUCUUUUGUUUCUUGCAACUGAUUUGCAUGGUUUAUGUCUUAUGAUGUCCACCCUUAUUUCUACUCAACUUCCACGUACUGCAGCGAUGAAAUCCGCAUCAUUUACUGCCAUAAAUUACUGUAUAAAUUUUUCCUUGAUUACACAAAUAUUUGUGUCUCUGGAGAAUAUAUGUUCCUCAACCAUAAGUCACAGUUGGAGGGUCCUAUCGUGGAACCCAUCGGAUUUAGGUAUGCCAUCAUAAAUCACAGUUGAAGGGUCCUAUUAUGGAACCCAUCGGAUUUAGGUAUGCCUUCACCAACCAUAAGUCACAGUUGGAGGGUCCUAUCAUGGAACCCAUCGGAUUUAGGUAUGCCAUCAUAAAUCACAGUUGAAGGGUCCUAUUAUGGAACCCAUCGGAUUUAGGUAUGCCUUCACCAACCAUAAAUCACAGUUGGAAGGUCCUAUCGUGGAACCCAUCGGAUUUAGGUAUGCCCUCACCAACCAUAAAUCACAGUUGGAGGGUCCUAUCAUGGAACCCAUCGGAUUUAGGUAUGCCCUCACCAAUCAUAAAUCACAGUUGGAGGGUCCUAUCAUGGAACCCAUCGGAUUUAGGUAUGCCCUCACCAAUCAUAAAUCACAGUUUGAGGGUCCUAUCAUGGAACCCAUCGGAUUUAGGUAUGCCCUCACCAACCAUAAAUCACAGUUGGAGGGUCCUAUCAUGGAACCCAUCGGAUUUAGGUAUGCCCUCACCAACCAUAAAUCACAGUUGGAGGGUCCUAUCAUGGAACCCAUCGGAUUUAGGUAUGCCCUCACCAAUCAUAAAUCACAGUUGGAGGGUCCUAUCAUGGAACCCAUCGGAUUUAGGUAUGCCCUCACCAACCAUAAAUCACAGUUGGAGGGUCCUAUCGUGGAACCCAUCGGAUUUAGGUAUGCCCUCACCAAUCAUAAAUCACAGUUGGAGGGUCCUAUUAUGGAACCCAUCGGAUUUAGGUAUGCCCUCACCAAUCAUAAAUCACAGUUGGAGGGUCCUAUCAUGGAACCCAUCGGAUUUAGGUAUGCCCUCACCAACCAUAAAUCACAGUUGGAGGGUCCUAUCGUGGAACCCAUCGGAUUUAGGUAUGCCCUCACCAAUCAUAAAUCACAGUUUGAGGGUCCUAUCAUGGAACCCAUCGGAUUUAGGUAUGCCCUCACCAAUCAUAAAUCACAGUUGGAGGGUUCUCUCGUGGAACCCAUCGGAUUUAGGUAUGCCCUCACGAACUGCCUCUGGUCCGUUUGGUGGAAUCUUUCUGUAAGCCCGUUGCUAUGGGGAUGAUAUUGGUACAGGUUGUUCUCUUUUUGCAUACAUGAAAGUUUAAAAGUUGUUGUUAUACCGAAUAUGGCACUGUUUGUUGCUCUUUUUCAUGUUAAUGGAAAUUUGCAAUACACAAAUAUCAUUAAAUAACAAUACUUUAGUUCACCUGUCGUUGUUGUAUGUGUUACGCGUACGUUAUGUCAUGUGUGAACUUAUAUGUCCAGGAAGACUAGCGGUGUACCAUCUUGUAUCAUAGCUAAUGAACGAAUAAAGCCUCUAAAGUCACUUUUCAAA